AGAUUUCUGUGGCUCUCAAAUCGCCUCCUCACCUCAAGUCUUUCUGAAUCAUUCAAAAAAGCAAAAACCCUCCAACACAAAUUUCAGAAUCCACAGCAAAAUCCUCAAGAAUUUGCUUCUCCUCCAGCACUAGUCAGCUGGAAAGUAGCUCAUCUUUCAUCAAUGGCUUCCACCUCAGUUUCUGCUUCUGCUUUUCUUGGGAGCUGGGGCUCAGGUGAAGACCACGCCAUGCUGCAGGCCAAGGUGGCCGCGCCGCCUCCUCUCAGGGUGGCGGUACGGCCACAGCCGAUGAUGGGGAGUGGAAAGGGCGGCAUCUUCGCUCCCGCUGUCGUUGUCACAAGAAACAUCAUCGGAAAGAAGAGGUUCAACCAGCUCCGAGGCAAGGCCAUUGCCCUUCACUCACAGGUGAUAACGGAGUUCUGCAAAUCGAUAGGAGCGGACAGCAAGCAACGGCAGGGGCUGAUUCGGCUGGCUAAGAAGAAUGGAGAGUGGCUAGGUUUUCUUGCUUGAUGAGAUAAUGUUUCUUGCCAUUUAUGUAUUCAGUUUGAUAUACAGGUGUUACUGUGUAUUGUAUUCAUAAACAUCAAAGAUACAGCUCUCUUACUGUCA